GCUCACCGAGCGGAAGGAUGAUUUAGUCAAAGAGCAGGUGUCUCCACCGAGGUCUUCGUCCGGGCUGGGAAUGAGCAGCGGCUCUGCAGGAUCUGGGAAGGACAAUGGGAAUCAUGGUGGGGAUGAAACGAAGGAAGAAGAAACAAAGGAGGCUUCUUUACAUGAGGAGGAAGCGGUGGAGAAAGCUGUAGAACAGGAGGAAGGGGGGGAAGUAAAUGCAGAGGCAGAACCAGAGGAGACGGAUGUACAUGCAGAGGCAGAACCAGAGGAGACGGAUGUACAUGCAGAGGCAGAACCAGAGGAGACGGAUGUACAUGCAGAGGCAGAACCAGAGGAGACAGGAUGUACAUGCAGAGGCAGAACCAGAGGAGACGGAUGUACAUGCAGAGGCAGAACCAGAGGAGACGGAUGUACAUGCAGAGGCAGAACCAGAGGAGACGGAUGUACAUGCAGAGGCAGAACCAGAGGAGACGGAUGUACAUGCAGAGGCAGAACCAGAGGAGACGGAUGUACAUGCAGAGGCAGAACCAGAGGAGACGGAUGUACAUGCAGAGGCAGAACCAGAGGAGACGGAUGUACAUGCAGAGCCAGAACCAGAGGAGACAGAUGUACAUGCAGAGGUGGUCCUUCCAAAUAUGGACAGCCUCAAAAACUCCAAGGAUCCUUCGUCCAGCUCAGCAAACGACAGCUCUGAUAACAAGCGAGACACUCUGGACGACUCAAGCUCGGCCACGCCUCCGACUGUCGUGAGAGCGCCUCUGACCAAAAGACAAUCCCAGGACCCCGAUCCGGUGUGGGUGAUGCAGCUGCUGAAGAAACUAGAGAAGCAGUUCAUGAAUCACUACAUCAUGGCCAUGUCGGAGUUCAAAGUGCGCUGGGACCUGGACGACAGCCUCAUCCUGGACACUAUGAUCGGAGAGCUGAGGGACGAGGUGAGCAAACGCAUCCAGCUCAGCAUCCAGCGAGAACUGAAGAAGAUCCAGGGUCGAGCCGGACGAUUGCCUCGUCCUCCGCAGAGAGGAACUCUCUCCAGAGAAUCCACCAUGACGGACAGGAGGCGUCGAAUCCUGAAGGUCAUGAAGAACCAACCAAAAACGGCCGAAUCUCAGAGUGACGGAGAGAUGGCGGGCGAGUUCAGUGACCAGCGCAGUGAAGACGAGUAUUGCCCAUGUGAUGAGUGCGUUCGCAAGAAAAUGGCCGCCAGACCUCUCAGAGAAAACCCGAUUCCAUCCGCCGAACUUCCGAUGUCGAGAGAGUUCGACCUCCUCAAGAUACUCCAGCUGAAGAAAAGCCCAUCGCCCGUUCUCGCGGUUGUUCCAGUUGUGGAGGAAGAGGAGGGGGAUAGCGAGGUCGCUGCAGAGGAGGGGAGGAAUCUAGAGGUAGUGCAGGAGGAAGAGGAGGAGCAGGACGCUAAAGAGGAUAUCCAAGCUAUGAUUGUUUUAGAGGAUACGAUCCUAGAGGAAGAUGAGGAAAGUGGUGCAGGUAGUGAGGAGAAGGACGAAGGAGAGGAGGCAGGAGAAGUGAAGCAGGAGGAAGGAUGCCAAUGCACCAAAAUUAAGGAGGAGAGCGAGGAAGCAGCAGAAGGAGAGGAAACCAGCGACAACACAGGUGAGGAAGAGGGGAGAGCAGUAGAGGAAGAGGGGGAGAAAGCAGAGGAGGAAGAGGAGACAGGAGGCGACGAGGAAGAGACAGAAAGUGGGAAAGAGGAGGAAGCAGUAAAGGAGGAAGCAACAGGCGAGGAAGAAGAAGCACCUGGGGAAACAGAGGAGGAUAACGGUGCAAAAAAUGAAGAAGAUGAAGGGGUUGAAGAUGCCGAGGAGGGAGGAGAGCAAGGAGAGGAGGCAGAGGAGGAGAGAGCCUCAUCACAGUGCCAGGAGGUGAAAAAUGACACAGAAGUUGGAGAUGCUGUCGAAGAGGUAAAGCCAGAGGAGGAAGUGAAGAAGAGAGAUGUUUCCCUUCUCCAUCAGUUCACUAAAACCUCUGUGGAGUCGCAGUCCGGCUCCCUGGAGGACAUCGACACAGAAUCUCCUCCGAUCCCUAUCGACUCCAUAGAAGUGCCCAAAAUGGCGGGUGGCGGUACGGGUCAGAGGAGAAGCCGCUCUCCAGGUCGAGUGAAAUGCCGAAAACCCAAAGACAACGAACUGGAUGACCAAUAACUCCCAUGAACCCUUGCUCUGUCAGUGACUACCCCAUGGUGACUACA